AACCAUUGCCUUACCUGUCAGAGUUUAAGCAUCGAACGUUCAACAAGCCUAAUUUCCGUAAAAAUAAGUUAAAAUUUUUCGAUGUGUGCGCGUCUUCAUACAGCAUUAGCUUUCGUCUUGGACCUCGCCCACUAUGGAACAGAAUAAAGGUUUCCUCCAGAACCUCAGCGAACUGGAAAAGUCAGCCAUGGCCUACAAGCGGCUGUGCCUGGAAUUGGAGUCGCUUGGCAGUCCGGCGGCUCCAGUCGUUGCUUCUCCCUCCCCUCCGCCGGCGGCUCCGGUCGCCACCCAGGGCCUACGAGCAAGUGCCUCGGAGUUUGUGCCCCUGGCCAGCGAACGCCUUCCGAACGACUUGGAGGACGAACAGGAUGAGUACACGGACGACGAUGGCUACGAUGGGGAGCGAAACAUGAGAGCUCCCAAGCCCGCGAUCUAUGGCCUGCGUUUUUAUAAUAACAAUUAUGAGACCGAGGAAGUGAGCGAAAAUCACUUGGAGACGGAAAGAAAGAGGAAGUUUGGCUACAGGGCACCCAAGUUUCGACCGAACCAACCAGCUGGGCGUCCACCAAGGUCGGAAACGGGUUCCAAUUCCACUGCGAGGACGCCCAUGGACUUGGCCAGGGGACAGCCGCACUUCAAGGGACCCUACAUGCCGCUCCUGCAGCACAGGAUUGCCAAUGCGGAGGCCUACGGCCUCAUCCGGGGUCCCAAUGAGAAGAGCAGCCUGCUCCUGGACGACAUACUCAAGCAGUUGUCGCGCCUGGACCACUGUCCCAUCAAUCUCAACUCGAUUUUCCGCGGCACGGGUCCCCAGAACGCCCCAUCGUAGAUACCAUUGAAUUAUCUAUCAAAUUGUACAAGUAACUUUACUAAAGAAGGCGCUGACUUGGCAGUCGAUUCAGACUACUCAA